AUGCUCAGCCUAUUGGCAAUGCUUUGGGGCUUACCAGCACUUGCCGCAAGUGCUCGAUGCCGAAAUGGUGGUGAAUGGGUGGCACAUGCGUGUACCAUGGAUGCGCAGUGUGUGCCGUAUAAACCACGUCAGACUGAUCGAGUGGCCUGUAUUGGCUCGGAAUGCUGCACUGUUCCAUGCUCGAACAACGGAUCGUAUAUUGGAAGGGCAUGUUUUGAAUCAAUCGACUGCUUACCGUACACGACGGAAAAAGUUGCUUGCUUGCAUGGACUCUGUUGCACUGUAAGUUUUUCUUCAGGUUAA